CGCCGUCGUCGCCCCCGCGCCGAGUCCCGCCCGGGCCGCUCCCGCCGACCGUUGGGCGGCCUGCCGAUGUCCCUCCCUCAGGACCUCCCCCCACCCCUGAACUGCUCUCGCGGCAGCGACCCAUGUGGGAGUUCAGGCUCCUGCGGUCGCCACCGCUGCUGCUCCUCCUGCCGCAGCUCAGCCUCGGAAUCGCCGCGUCCCGCUCGCAGGCCGAAACCAUGAACCUGGGCGGCGGCAGCGGUGCGCCGUUCUCCCCGUCGGCGGAGGGGCGCCGGCCGCAGUGCCUGCAGCUGUCCACGGUGCCGGGAGCUGACCCGCAGCGCAGCAACGAGUUGCUCCUGCUGGCGGCGGAGACAGCCGGGGAGGGACCGGAACGGCGGGCCCUCCCUGGGGACCGGGCGAAGGAGGAGCCGCAGCCAGCGCCCCAGCAUCACGUUCUCUAUUUCCCGGGGGAUGUGCAGAAUUACCAUGAAAUUAUGACUCGUCAUCCUGAGAAUUAUCAGUGGGAAAACUGGAGUCUAGAAAAUGUGGCCAACAUUUUAGCCCACCGGUUCCCCAAUAGUUACAUUUGGGUGAUAAAGUGUUCUCGAAUGCAUUUGCACAAAUUCAGCUGCUAUGAUAAUUUUGUGAAAAGUAAUAUGUUUGGUGCUCCAGAACACAAUACUGACUUUGGAGCUUUUAAGCACCUUUAUAUGUUAUUAGUUAAUGCUUUUAACUUAAGUCAGAACAGUUUGUUAUCAAAGAAGAAUGUGAAAGAUUUGAAUCAGGACUCCAAAGCAUCUAAUUGUAGAUCCAGUUCUUCUCACACUACUAAUGGUUGCCAGGGAGAAAAAGAGAGGACCUGUGAAAAGUUUGAUGAGUCCGCCAUGAGUUUUUAUCCACCAUCACUAAAUGGUGCUUCUUUUACUUUGAUCGGAUUCAGUAAAGGUUGUGUUGUUUUGAAUCAAUUGCUUUUUGAAUUAAAAGAAGCCAAGAAAGACAAGAACAUAGAUGCUUUUAUCAAAAGCAUAAGAACAAUGUACUGGCUGGAUGGUGGUCAUUCCGGAGGAAGCAAUACUUGGGUUACUUAUCCAGAAGUCUUGAAAGAAUUUGCACAAACAGGAAUUAUUGUUCAUACCCAUGUAACACCUUACCAAGUAUGUGAUCCAAUGAGAUCUUGGAUUGGAAAGGAGCACAAGAAAUUUGUUCAAAUACUUGGAGAUUUUGGUAUGCAGGUGACUAGCCAAAUUCAUUUUGCAAAGGAAGCUCCUUCCAUAGAGAAUCACUUCAGGGUUCAUGAAGUAUUUUGAGACUACAAGAACAUUAAUGUCCUUGUUCAGUGGAAGAGCAGAAGCACUUUGAGUGUUAUAAAUUCAGGUAGUGAGAUCUAAUUCAUAGAUGCACUGUCAGUUUUU